AAUAACUCCCAUUUAUUAUCGCGCCAUAGCAAUGACUCUCCCACCAGUCCACCACUGUCUCUACUUUCUCUCUUCUCGUUCCUCACAGCAAGAAAAUUCUAGAGAGAGAGAGAGAAACACUACGUGUUACAUGUAAUGGCGAGUAAGUGGGUGAAGUCAUUGCAAUGCAAGUCAAGAGCAUUUGAAGACGUGUACCACCCAAACCCCAAAAUCCUUAUGCCCAGUGUCAGUUGUAGAAAAAGCGUCCAAAACAUCAAAGACAUGGUUGACAUACCCAAACCCAAGCCCAGAAAACCAAAACCUAAGCCAGCCUUGGAAAAACAACCUAGUUCUAAAUACCCAACAACAGCAACAACAACAACAACAACAACCAAAUCCGAAUUCGAACCCACCAUGAAAACCUCUCGAAGAAGUUCUUCCACUAACACCUCUUCGCGUUCCAUCACGGAGCUUCCCGUGGGGCACCCUUCUCGCAACGUCGUCGAGAUUAUCUUCCACACCAGCUGGGGACCCAAGCCAUUUCCGGGUCGGGUCGAGAUUAUAUUCAAGGUUCAAAACGGGACCCGGACCGUGUCACGAUUCGAGGAGUUUCGCGAGGCGGUGAAGGGACGCGCCGCCGCUUCCGUGGCUCUGGCGGAAGGGACCAACUGGGAGGAGAAUGCGCGGUGUGUUGCCGAUGGGAACGAGGUGAUGCGGUUUCACUGCUUGGGGCCCGCCGCGGACGGUGGUCCCUACGACGGUGGCUUUGCAUGGUCGUUUCCGGAGAGGAAGGGGUCGGCGAUCUGCACGUUCGCCGGCAGCGGUGGCGCUCACGAGACUGCCGGCGGAGGCAGGGGGAGAAGGGCCAUGCUGGUGUGCAGGGUCAUAGCGGGUCGGGUAUCGAAGCAACUCGGGUUUUUGGACUCGUUGUUAGACAAGCGAGUGGGGUUCGACUCGGUGAGUGGGGACAAUGGCGAGUUGUUAGUGUUUGACUCGCGUGCGGUGUUGCCCUGUUUUCUUAUUAUUUACGAGUUGUAAAAAAAUGAAAAGAAAAAUUAUUUACCUUUCUUUUAAUUGUUUUUGUUUUUUUAACUUCCUUGAUUUAUUUUCAUUGGAGAUGUAUUUGCGUAUGUACUUGAUUCUUGAGAUCUUAAAGUCGCACUUAUCAGCUUG